AGCGCUUUUUGACGUGAGGGUGUUCUACACUCUUCAACGACUCGAACGUUGCUUCGGUCGGAUUUAUCGUCGUCCCUAAUAUCUGGUCAUGGAUGACCUCCAGUCGUUGGAGCUCUUCUCGCUCAUCUCGCGAGUGACGAAUGAGCUCCAAAACCAUCUGGGGAUCAACGAUAAGACACUUGCGGAGUUUGUUGUUGACCAACAUCUAAAAUGCAAUUCAUUUGCGGAAUUCAGAUCGUCACUAGAGGCCAUGGGCGCCGACUUUCCCCAGAGUCUGAUGGAGAGUAUCGACCGCCUGGUUCUCACGAUGCACCCGAAGUACAAGACGAAGCAAAACGUGGCGAGCGAACCGACCGGGGAUAGUAAUAAUGAUAUGGAUGCACUGGAUGCUAUCGAGAAGAAGGCACGCGUUUUCAAGGGUCUAGCGAUGCCGGAUAAAGAGCAGCGGUGGGAAGAUGAAGAACAGCCGCGGGACAAAACUGCCGAAGACGACGCAAAAGCGGGCGCUAUGGACGACACAUUUGCUAUGCUCGAAGGUCUUGCAGGAAAGGCUCGGGAAGAUCGAAAUGGCUCAAAUGGUGACAGAUCUAGCAGAAAGAGGAGCAGAAGUCCGGAUUAUGGAGAGUACAGCAGCGGUCGGAGGCGCAAAGAUAGACAUCGGUCGCGCUCGCGCUCGAUAUCGGCAGGUCGCGAACAUUACAGCAGACGCGAACGAGAUGUGGAUGAGUUUGGGAGAUCGGUGAACAAAUCUCGCAGCAGGAACGAUGAGUACCGCAAUGGUCACAGCACGCGCCGAAGAGGACGGGAUCGCGACGAAGAUGACUACUUUAAACGACCACCGACGCCGGAGCUCGAUGAUCAACCGGUAUUGUACAAGAUAUACGACGGUCGUGUGACGGGAGUGAAGGAUUUUGGUGCUUUCGUCAACUUGCUUGGGGUUCGAGGGAAGGUCGACGGGUUGGUUCAUGUUUCUGCCAUGCAAGAAGGUGUGCGCGUGAACCAUCCGUCCGAUUUGGUGUCCCGAGGGCAACCGGUCAAAGUCAAGGUCAUUAACAUACAAGGCUCAAGGAUUGGGUUGUCGAUGAAGGAGGUUGACCAAGUCACCGGUCGUGAUCUUGUCCCGCAACGCCGCAUUGCUUCUGGCGCCAAUAUGGAACGCCUAGAUGGCAUAAACUCGGAUGAUAGAUAUGGCAGUCUGAGCUCUGGCGUGCCCGUCAUAGAGGAUUCGGAUGGGAAACCGAUGAAGAACAGGAAACGUUUGACUUCACCUGAGAGAUGGGAGAUCAAGCAAUUGAUCGCAUCGGGGGCCGUUUCUGCGGCUGACUAUCCUGACAUUGACGAGGAAUAUCAUGCCACACUUACCGGAGAGGGUGAUUUUGAAGAAGAGGAGGAUAUCGAUAUCGAGGUUCGAGAAGAGGAGCCUCCUUUCCUGGCUGGUCAAACCAAGCAGUCUUUGGAGCUCUCCCCUAUUCGGGUUGUCAAGGCACCUGAUGGCUCUCUUAAUCGUUCUGCUAUGGCUGGCACGAACCUGGCCAAAGAAAGAAGAGAACUUAAACAACAGGAAGCACAAGAUAAGGCAGCAGAGCGUGCAGCUGAAAUUGACCUCAAUGCGCAGUGGCAGGAUCCCAUGAUUGCGCCGGAACAGAGAAAGUUCGCACAAGAUCUCCGCAGUACCCAGCUUGUCAAGCCUGAUGAUUCGGUACCAGAGUGGAAGAAAGCUACCAUGGGCAAGAAUCAGUCAUUCGGUAAGAGGACCGAUAUGACUAUCAAGCAACAACGAGAGAGUCUGCCUGUUUUCAAAUUUCGAAAUCAGUUGCUCGAUGCUGUUCGAGACAACCAAUUGUUGAUUGUGGUCGGAGACACUGGAUCAGGAAAGACUACACAGUUGACGCAGUACUUGGCUGAGGCUGGCUACGGUAACAACGGCAUAAUCGGAUGUACUCAACCGCGUCGUGUAGCAGCCAUGUCUGUCGCAAAGCGUGUCGCUGAGGAAGUUGGCUGCCGGCUUGGUGCUGAGGUUGGAUACACUAUUCGUUUCGAGGACUGUACUAGUCCAGAGACAAAAAUCAAGUAUAUGACUGAUGGUAUGCUUCAAAGAGAGAUCUUGUUGGAUCCUGAUCUGAAGAAGUAUUCUGUCAUCAUGCUUGAUGAGGCUCACGAACGUACUAUCGCUACGGACGUCCUCUUUGGCUUAUUGAAAAAGACAAUAAAGCGGAGGCCGGACCUGAGGUUGAUUGUGACCUCUGCCACCCUAGAUGCCGACAAAUUCUCCGAAUACUUUAACAAAUGUCCCAUCUUUUCUAUACCAGGACGGACAUACCCCGUUGAGAUCUUAUAUUCCAAGGAGCCGGAAAGUGAUUACCUUGACGCUGCUCUUAUCACGGUUAUGCAGAUCCACCUUACUGAACCUGCUGGUGAUAUCCUUCUUUUCUUGACAGGACAAGAAGAGAUAGACACUGCCUGUGAGAUUCUGUAUGAGCGCAAAAAAGCACUAGGACCAAACGUACCGGACCUUGUGAUCUUACCCGUCUACUCGGCUUUGCCUAGUGAGAUGCAGAGUAGGAUCUUCGAGCCAGCACCGCCCGGAGGCAGAAAGGUCGUCAUAGCUACGAAUAUUGCCGAAACCUCUAUCACAAUUGACCAAAUCUACUAUGUGAUAGAUCCUGGUUUCGUGAAACAAAACGCCUACGACCCAAAGCUCGGUAUGGACUCGCUGGUGGUCACUCCUAUCUCGCAGGCUCAAGCGAAACAGCGAGCUGGACGAGCAGGGAGAACAGGCCCAGGAAAGUGUUUCCGACUAUACACGGAAGCGGCAUACCAGUCGGAAAUGCUACCGACCUCUAUACCCGAGAUCCAGCGACAGAAUUUGUCACAUACUAUUCUCAUGUUGAAAGCCAUGGGGAUCAACGAUCUUCUGCACUUCGACUUCAUGGAUCCCCCACCGACAAACACUAUGCUUACCGCUCUGGAGGAGCUGUAUGCACUCUCUGCUCUUGAUGACGAGGGACUGCUAACACGACUGGGACGGAAAAUGGCCGAUUUCCCGAUGGAGCCAGCCCUUGCAAAAGUUCUUAUUGCCUCUGUCGAUAUGGGAUGUUCUGAGGAGAUACUCAGCAUUGUCGCCAUGCUGUCUGUGCAAUCCGUCUUCUACAGACCUAAAGAAAAGCAACAGCAGGCAGAUCAGAAAAAGGCAAAGUUCCAUGACCCGCAUGGCGACCAUCUUACACUGCUUAAUGUCUAUAAUGCAUGGAAGCAUUCGGGUUACAGCAAUCCGUGGUGUUUUGAGAACUUCAUUCAGGCUCGACAGAUGCGUCGCGCUCAGGAUGUUCGAAACCAGCUUCUGAAUAUCAUGGAACGCUAUCAUCAUCGGAUAGUCUCCUGCGGCAGGAACACCCAGAAGGUCCGACAAGCCUUGUGUACAGGCUUCUUCCGAAACUCGGCUAGGAAAGACCCUCAGGAAGGAUAUAAAACUCUCAUUGAAGGCACGCCUGUUUAUAUGCAUCCCAGCUCCGCACUGUUUGGGAAACCGGCGGAGCAUGUCAUCUUCCACACUCUGGUUCUCACGACAAAAGAAUAUAUGCAUUGCACUACCGCUAUUGAACCUAAGUGGCUCGUGGAAGCAGCUCCGACGUUCUUCAAGGUCGCUCCGACAGAUCGAUUAUCCAAACGCAAGAAGGCGGAACGCAUUCAGCCGCUGCAUAAUCGCUUCCAGGGAGAGGACGACUGGCGUCUCUCUGCGCAGCGCCGGCAAGGCAGAGGUGGUGGUGGUGGAACUUGGGGAUGAUAGCAGCUAUCUUCAAGCUUCUAACGUUUGCAGUUUUCUCUACUCAUGGUCGAUUCUGGGCGGCGUUCUAGACUUGUUUUAUUCUCAGGAAUUUUUGAUCCAUCUCUCCUGAUGCCUCUCUACUACCGUUGUCCCAUUGACGUUUGGUGUGUAUAUAUCCCGUGCAUGAAAGACUGCAGGAGUUGCGGCAACAGUUCAUGCUAUGUCGAAUUGUAGACUAAAAAUCGUGACGGAUCUGGUUGUUCACAGCG